CUUUGUGAAUUUAAUUGUGUUACACCUCCAUUAGAAUGCCCCAAUGAAAACGUGACAUUUUGGUUAUAUACAAGAGAAAACAAAGACAGUCCCCAUGAAUUACUUGCUAUGGAUAGUAAAUCACUAGAAACAGCACCAUGGGUCAAAAAUGCUCCGAUUAAAAUAUUGUCUCAUGGGUAUACCGGACAUAAAGAUUUUUCACCAAAUACAGAAAUUAGACCGGCAUAUAUGCAAUGCUGCAACUACAACAUAAUAUCUAUAGACUACAAUCCUAUAGCCAGAGAGCCUUGUUACGUCAGUGCAGCAACAAAUACUGAACUAGUUGGCAAAUGUACAGCACAGUUGAUUGACGAACUUAUUCAAAAUCAUAAUUUCAGUAUUAGUCAAUUCCAUUUGAUAGGUUUUAGUCUUGGUGGACAAGUUGUUGGCUAUGUGGCAAACUACAUAAAGUCGGGACGAUUUGAUAGAAUUACGGCUCUAGACCCGGCAAUGCCCCUUUUUGUAACGCAUGAUAAGAAAAAGAAAAUAGAUUCAGAUGAUGCGAAUUUUGUAGACGUUUUACACACGAAUUCUCUAGAAAAAGGGAAGCUAGAGUCUUGUGGGAAGGUUGAUUUUUACGCUAACGGAGGACUUACGCAACCCGGCUGCCGGACAACUAAGAAUGAAUCUAGCUCAUCAUGUUCACAUGCCAGAGCUCCGCAAUAUUAUGCCGAGUCAAUAGUUACAGAUGUUGGAUUUUAUGCUACGAAAUGCUAUUCUUGGAUAAGUUACAUGAUUGGCUGGUGCGAACUUUAUGACUCCAAUGAAGAUAUAUUAUUUGGAGAAUACGUUACCACUAACGUAUCCGGCUUGUACUUCUUUAGAACAAACAGUGAGUCACCAUAUGCGCGUGGGCCUAACAAAAGGAAAUCUGAGUAAAAUAUAAGGUCAUAAAAGAUCAGCAACAAUAAUACAAAACUACCACUACUCGUGUUAAUGAACCUUAAUAUCUUCAUUGAAAUUUUGUAAAAGAUUCCUCAUGCCAAGAUAUUCACAAAAUAUUACGUUUUUAUUUGUUUGUUCUUUAUUUGUUUGUAUUUAUGAACUAAAGAAUCGAUAGAAAACGAUAAUAGCGCAGUCAAAGCUGCAUACUGUUCUUCCAAGUAGCGCUUGAUUGGUCGUCUCUUACGACAUCCACGAGAAUUUAAAUAUAAUGUGGCCCAUUCUGCGUCGAGACCACAUAGCUAACAUAUGAUAAAUAAAGAACAUAUUAUAUCAAAAAUAAGUAAAAUUAUGAAAAGUACAUAAAAUUAUAAACAAGGCCAGCUAAGUUCCAGCAACAGAUGCAAUGUUCUUUAUUAAAAAAAUAACUAGGAUUUUUCUUGUAAAUGGUCUAAAAUAAAUGACCCCAAGUUACGUAAAGUCAACCACAUGACACAGAUUACGAUUGAAGUUAAGGAAAAUUGUAUUACUGCCUGUCCGGUAAUGCCGGUAGUAACUUUGGAGAUAUAAUCGAAAUGGUGUAUGUAAGUCAAUUGCCUGAUUACAACAUACUGAUGGAUGAGUAACCAGCAUUGCUUGAAUAUAGUUUUUUUUUAUUUAAAUACCUACAAUUACAGUAUCUGUGUUAAAAUUUUAUUUUAUUUUUUCAUAUAAACUUUUGCAUGAAAUGCACACAGACACAGAUAUGCUCGUAUUUAAGAAAAUUACUUUAAAUACUCAAUAAAAGUAAUGAUAUCCGCAACUUUGGAAAUUGUUAAUAAAAUAAUCGAAACGAUAUAAAGCGGAUCAAUAUCCGGAUUAUUGGCUAAUGUUGUAGUGUCUAUGUUUCGUUUUAUUAUGUUUAACCUAUAAAAAAAUUCUUUAUGUAAAUGACCCCAAACAUAUUGUCAACAAAACAACAUAUAUUCAUAUAGUACUGCCGGUAAUAUCGGAGAGAAUUUAGGCCAUAUUUUUAAUCUAAAUAGGUAAGUCAAAA